GGUCGGUCGGUGGCGAGCUUCAGGCAAACUGUCCGCCCACAGAGGAGAAGGGCAAACGCUGCCGGGGUGCACGCGGCGUAGAUUCUCUCGGAUGGGAUCAAUACAACAACAUUGAAGCUCCCAAUUCAUCCUUUUUGCAUCUCUGCGUGUGCGCGCGAGCGAGACCAGGACCGGAGGGGAAGAAAAUGCUCUUCUAGCGCCAGACUUACGUCGUUUUCUCCUUUUUUUUUUUUUUUUGGACGACGGAACCGCUCGAAGCUUGUCCAAGUUUUCCCCGAAGUGCGCCUGAAGAGGGGUUUUCUAGGGGGGGGUGGGCAGGGACGACAUGGGGAGCGAACAAUACUUGCCGGAACUUCAGGCGGAGAAGGAAAUGCUGGACCCGGCUUUCCAGCACUCUCUGCGGCUACUGGAGCAAGAAAUCGACAAGAUUCAGAAGGAGGAAGGCAAGGAGGAAGAGAAGUUCAUCGACGUCGUCAUCAACAAGAACAUGAAACUGGGCCAGAAAGUUUUGAUACCAGUCAAGCAGUUUCCUAAAUUUAACUUUGUGGGCAAACUUCUCGGGCCACGUGGGAAUUCCUUAAAGAGGCUACAGGAGGACACCCUCACAAAGAUGUCCAUUCUCGGCAAAGGGUCCAUGCGGGACAAAGAGAAGGAAGAAGAGCUGCGCCAGAGCGGCGAGGCCAAAUACCAGCACCUCAACGAAGACCUGCACGUCCUCAUCGAGGUGUUUGCUCCGCCGGCUGAGGCUUACGCCAGGAUGGGUCACGCCUUAGAGGAGAUCAAGAAGUUUCUCAUACCAGAUUACAACGAUGAAAUCAGACAGGCCCAGCUGCAGGAGCUCACGUACCUGAAUGGAGGCUCGGAAGAUGCCAAGGUGCCAGCGGUAAGGGGCAAGUCAGCCACCCGUGCAAGAGGGACACCUGUGCCAGGACCUCCCAGGAGUCGAGGAGGAGUGCCCCCUUUGCACGCGGCCAUGCCAAGGGGAGCGGCGCCCAGAGGAGCCCCGCCCAGCCGCGCAGCAUCUGCAAGAGGGAGGGGGGUGCAACGAGCCAGGGGAGCUCCCCCGGCAACUGCAUAUCGACCGGUUCCACCCAUUGUCCAGGACACUUAUGACGAAUAUGACUACGACGACGGCUAUGGAACGGCGUAUGAUGACCAAGGAUACGAGUCCUACGACAACAACUACACCAACCAAGGGCAGAACUCAGAUGACUACUAUGAAUAUGGACAAGGCGGUGAAUCAUAUGAGCUGUAUGGUCAAGAAGAGUGGGCAAACAGUCACAGCAAGGCGCAGUCGGCGAGGACGACCAAGGGAGUGUACAGAGAGCAGCCGUACUCCAGAUACUGAACUGUGUCACGGUCCACGCCCGAAACCUCGUGGCAGUUCCAACCCAAGUAAUGGAUUUUUUUUUUUUUUUUUUUAAUGGACAUCCCCACAUUUUUAGCAAUGCUAAAAUGUGAGAUUUAAAACAUAAAAUCUCUAGAAAGACUCUGAGUGAAAUCUGGUUCUAAAAAAGGAAGCCCCACUGCCUCACAGAGAAAUAAAAUUGUAAUAUCAUAAUGACAGUGAGGACAUAAAGAAAAAGUUGUCAUAACAUAAGACAGUGUCCCAAGCCCUGAAAUGAAGCCCCCGCUAAAACGUUUAUAAGUGCCCUGUUAAUGUCACAAGAUGGUGGCAAAGUCCUUGUAAUGAAGCUCCUCAGCUUGCUUCAACAUAGUUCGUAGACACCAAGAUGCCACUAGAAGGCUCAAAAAGCAAUAUGUUUAUAGAAUAGGCUUUAGCCUGAGCAUAAAAACAAAGGGAAUAGGUGACAUUUCUACCCAAAUAACAGAGGACAGGUUCCCCCCAAAAAUCUGCAAAUACGGGAAUCCCAGAAUUGUCAAUAUGUGGGGCAAAAACUAAAACAUAGUUCUCACACGGAGCAUGAAGCGUAACUGCCUGAUGAGUUCGCCACAUGUCUCGUCCAUAAACAAAUACUGGACAGCUCAGCUUCACAAAAAAAAAAAUGGCCUCACCACACAUGGCGGGGGACAUCAAAAGUUGAGUAACUUUACAUUAUCUUGGAAGCCGGUCGCAGUUCAUUCGAUAAGAUGGUGUAUGCUUCGACAUUUAAUCUGUUCACAAGGGUGUACCACAGGGUUCUGUGCUUGGUCCACUUUUAUUUACCAUUUAUGUGAACAUGUUUGUCUGAAUGAAACUUCAAAACAAGCUACUUUUCCCCCUAAUAUUGUGAUUUUAUUCUUGUGAUAUAAUAGCAUUGUCUUGUAAAAAAAAAAAAAAAAAAAAAAAUCCAACACACUGCACUUUUCUCACCUUUUUUUCUCGUCACGUUAUAACAUUUCUCCAUAAAUUCACACUACUGUAUGUAAUGUACUCGGUGACUCCAAAAUACAUUUCUAUUCUUGAAAUAUUUUUUUCUUUUCGGUGUGGGCCUCACACUGUCCUGAGGAAAACAACCUUACUCCUGCUGGGAAAUACAAUUCAGGAUGUGUCCUUCCAUCUUGCCAGAAAUUAACAUUAUGAAUCAAUGUGUUUUGAGUUUCUCUCCGUUAUGUAACAGGGACGAAGACUAUUGUAUCAAGCUAAUUUCACUUUUGUAGUCGUCGCAGUGAGCUAUCGCCGCAGCCGGCGAGUGCACCUCAAUGUAUCUCCCUCGAUAUACUUCAAUGAAAUUUUGGUUCAUUGCUAAAGAUGUAAGGGUUAGUAGUAGGACGUGCGGUAUUGUAGAUAUCUUUUUUUUGAGGAGUAAGUGGAAAUGUGUCCCUUGUAAGAUAAAAGUUUUCCAAAAAAAAAAAACCCCAAAAAACAAAAACAAAAAAAAAACAAGUCAUACCUGUAUACAUAUUGUAUUGCUGUUUCCUCAUUUUUGUAAAAUACUAGUACGUCGCUGUUAAAGGGCUUAUGAAAGCAUGGCGUGCAAUGUGGAUGUUGUCAGCUGUUUGUCAUGAUACAGUUGUGUUCAUAAACCUCUUUAAUACAUCUAAUAAAUAGGAAUUUAACAUCAAACUCACAGAUGUGCAAAGUUGUCCACAGGUAUUUGUUGUUUGUGAUUUUUAGGUUCUUGUAAUUUUUUUUUGGUGCGCUUAAACGGGUCAUUUUGACAUGAUGGUAGGAUAGAAGUUCUAAAGCUUAAUUAUGAACAUGACAAACUCAUACGCUUGUGAAUAUGUUACCCCACCAAGUUAGACUUGUUGAGCUUGUAUGGAUUUUUAUUUUGAGCUUAUAUAAGCCCUUUAAUAUUUCCCUCUUGUCAAUGCUGAAUAAACAUUUUGGGAACAAAACAAAACAAA